AUGUUUGCCGUGGCGCCAUCUUUCUUGAGGACCUUCGCGACGAGGCUUGUCGACAUUGGCAUUGUCCUAGUUGUCGGGGGGUUGAUGAGCGUGAACAACUUGACCCACAACACAAGCAACAUAACCCUCCCCAACGCCAACCGACGACCACCACCACCAUCACUAUACCCCCAUCACCACCUCUCAUCGUCCCACCCGUUCCCCCCUCACCCAGCAACCACCCACCCCCCAUCCCCUCCAGACCUCCCAACGCAUAACACCAACCCAAUCUAUGACAACCCCAUCACCAACAACAACAUCGGAAACAGCAACAAAAACCCCCCCUCCCACGCAACAACAACCUACCUCAAACACGCCGCCCGUCCCACAACAAUAACCUUUGCCCAAGCCUUUCCCGCUCCAACUUCCCUGCCCUAUUUGGACCCUGUCCCUUCGUUGGAAGGGCUAUGUUUGGAUUAUUCGGCUCCGGGUUCGGCUCCUUAUUCUGGUCCGGGAGAUGGAGGGAGGAAGGACGUCGGCGUGGGGAGGAAGAAGGAUUUGUUGGGGACGAGUCUGCAGAUGGGAUGGUAUGAUGGUGAAAGGGGGGGUUAUGAAGAUGAUGGUGGUGAUGAUGGUGGUGAGGAGGAGGGGGAGGAUGAGGAUGGGGAUGGUGGAUUAGGGACAGGAAAUCAUGGGCAUUGUCGACAUGAUUCGGGUUAUGGGCAUGGGCAUGAGCUUUGGUUUGGCGAUAGAGGCCACGAGGGACAGGGUGACACUAUGAAUCAAGGCGAGGAAAACGAGGGAGGUUGGGAUUUCAAUGACAGAGGUCAAAACAGGGCGUCGAGGCUGGUGGACAACGACACCGCCUCAGAGAACAGAUAUCAGGAACGGGAGGGAAGAAAACGAAAAGCGGUGGGGUUGGAGAAAGACGAGGUCAGUUUUGGGCACUGCAAAAAGCUUAACAUGGGGGAAACUCAAGGACAGCACAGCGCAUCGCAAACAGUUUGGAAAGGAAAAGGGAAGGAGGAGGUGUUUCGUGUGCCGAGGUUUUUUCCGCACAAUUAUCACCCGGCUACUGUGGAGGAUGCGUAUGAUGAGGAUUGUGGCGGUAGGUUUGGUCAUGGAUUUGAGUACGCAAACAGGAGUGAAUUCGAGGGGGAGUGGUCGAUGGGCGGUUAG